CAAAAGCCGCUACGAAAAAGUCCGUUGACUUCCUUGGUGAGGUAUCAUUCUUGGGGAAUCCUCAUGGUGUGCGCACAAGAUGCGUGACGAUACCCACUGCCCUGGACGAAGACUUCGCUGAGGUUUGCAAAGGUCGAUGAUGGCUGACCGACUUCAUUACAACCCGCUGCGCUCAUAUCAGGCUCUUGAGUCCCUUACCAUGGUCCACGUCGAAUGCAUAAUUCCAUAGGAAAGGGAGUCUCCGAUGGAACCAGAAAGUCAUCUGACUGGCUACGACAUGUUGUAUGGACUCGACGCAGGUUGAAACAAAGCAAAGUAGAGUGUAAAGAACUAAGACCUGUCAAGAAAGGUUGCGGGACAUUCCACCAACACUGUUGUUUUCCACGAUUUGCAUAGCACAAUUUCCGAGUGAGUGUGAUGAUUCCUGCAGAAGUACGUAUUCUCAAAUUCCGAUACUGAGGACUGCCAGGCUCCUUCAAGUACAUAAGUUUGGAAUUUGUUCAAAGACUGCAACACAAAUAUUGUUCAUGCCAAAUCCUGUCAGAGACAAACUAGUUGGUUAGAAAACUUCGACACGAAUUGCGACUCAACUUAGUUCUAGUUUCUGAUGCCUACCGAGCGUCGGUGAGUUCGAAAGACUUCUCCCAGCCUUUCACAUAGCCAGUGUGAGAGGAGAUUCAUAAGUCAAUUCGGGUCGUAUUCACAAGUUAGGCCCUUAUUUCUGUCUUCUUGUGCCAAUUGCGAACGAGUGUAGAGUCUUUGCAUAGAAAUCGCAAGCAGAAACCCCGUGAAAGUCUUCAAAUUCCUCAACAUGAAACUGAAUACAAGGAAGUUGGACAUAGUGCUUCAAUCCGCGAACGGGUUGAAGAAAGUGCACAAGAGUAGAUCGGCAGCUUACGCAGUCGCAUGGAUGGACCCAGGUGUGAGAGUACCCUCUCCAUUUGACAAAAACCAUGGCCGAAACCCUGUCUGGAAUGCCACCAUCUCCGUGACUCUUGACGAGCGGACCCUAGGGCAACAAAAGUGCUUGAAUAUUGAACUUCUCGGGCAAGGAUUGGUGUCCACGAAGCCGAUCGGAUUCGUAAAGAUUGACAUGACUGAUAUCCUACUGAAGGGGUCGCAAGGAGCCUCUGUUCAUGUGCCAUUUCUGCAACAUCCGGUGUUUAGGCGCUCGGGAAAGCAGCGGGGAGUCCUCAACUUCGAGCUUUGCUUGCAAGCGUCGACAAUGUCUAUGCAUCGUUUACCACAAGAAGAGAAUCUUAAGCCUAUAACUGCACCAUCGAAUCCUUCAGAACCAUCCGCGUGGCCGCAAACUUAUCAACGUGAACCUGGCAUGCACCCUCAGCAGUCUGUGAUGCGCAGUUUCUCGUCUGCGAAAGCACUGUCGCGCUCGAGUUCUGCAGACAAAGACUACGGCAAUAAGUUGGCCAGAAGCACUUCGAAAGCGCCUCGUUGCAAGCAGGAUGAAAUUUCUCUUCUCGACUCUUUUUUCGAAGUUGAUCUUUGAAGAAUUUUGUAUAAGACUAUUGUGGUGGUGCAGAAAGAUCACCGGGGAAACAAAUAUUACAGCAAACUCCUUAGAGGGCAUCACGUGCCAUUCCCAGAUGUAAAGGUUUAAUGGACUCGAAAAGUCCACCAACGGUUCCUAGAGAAACAAACUGGCUCCUUGAAUUAAGCUAUGUCAGUUUCAAGUUGAUCCAAAAUGUAGAGUAGGAUUCUCGACCAUACGUGGAAGACCUGUACGCUAGUUUAUCUACAAGGGUUUAAGUUCUGCGUUUUCUCAAUGCAGUGCCUUUGAUCAUACA